AUGUCGUUAUUACUCCCCCGGGCGCUACGGUCGCCGGCACUUCAACAAUCGACCCGAAUUGGCCUGCGCGCUUUCUCAGGGCUGCCGCGUGAUGUGCAGUCAGGUUCACCUCGAGGAUGGACGCCGACACCCUUCGUGACGGAGACGGUCGGCGGCGGAUGGCACACCUACGACAUUUUCUCCCGUCUUCUUAAGGAGCGCAUCGUCUGCCUCAAUGGCGAAGUGAACGAGAUAGCAUCUGCAUCAAUCGUCGCGCAGCUCCUCUUCCUUGAGGCCGAUAACCCCGAGAAGCCCAUCAACCUCUACAUCAAUUCGCCCGGUGGCUCUGUCACAGCAGGGUUGGCUAUCUACGAUACGAUGACCUACAUCCGAUCUCCCGUCACCACCAUCUGCGUCGGCCAGGCAGCAAGUAUGGGUUCACUGCUUCUCUGCGGCGGAGCUCCGGGCCACCGCUUCUGUCUACCCCACAGCUCGAUCAUGAUCCACCAGCCCAGUGGCGGCUACUUUGGACAAGCCUCGGACAUCGCGAUACACGCCAAAGAGAUCCUGCGGAUACGGACACAGCUCAACAAGAUCUACCAGAAUCACUUGACAAAGUCGCAUACGCUGGAGCAGAUCGAGAAGCUUAUGGAGCGAGACUACUUCAUGUCGGCGGAGGAAGCGAAGGAAUUGGGGCUGAUUGACAAGAUUCUGGAUAAGCGGGACAAUGAAGAGAAGAAGGAGGACUAA